AUGGAUGAAGCGGAUUUUUCAGAUGACAUGACUUAUAUACAGCAAGAGGAUUUUCCUCAUGAUGGGGACAUCCCCCCAAUUAAGAUAUGCAAUGAUUACAAUUUUACCUCAGAAAAUGACAUUCUCGAUGUCUCACAUGAAACUGUUUUAACAGUAGAUGACCCUCAGGAAAAUACUAUACAAAAUAAGACUUGUAGAAAUGCAGAUUUGGCCAGGGUUCUAGAUAAAAUUAUUGAAAAUACUGUCAACAAAAUACAUGAUACAGAGAAACAAUGUACUAUAAUUUUUCAUAUGCCACCUAAUAAAGAAAAUACUUCAAAGUCAAACAUUUCUGAUAUUUUACUCAAUCAUCUUUCCAAAGAGGAAUUUUUAAGAGGCCAAGGCAUUGAUUGUGAAACUCUCCCAGAGGUCUCUAACGCUGAUAGUUUUGAUGAAGCUAUUAUUAAAAAUGUUAUUUUUUGUUAUGUUAAGGAUUCUUGUCCAGAAGAACAAACCUCAGAAGCUGAUGACCAACUCAACCCGGAAAGGGGUGGUGAAGAUAACACUAAGCCUAAUUGUUCUCCAAUUAUAAGAGAAGAAAACCUCUCUGACUUAGAAGAGCCAGUGGUUACUGGAUGCAGCAGCCAUCAAAGGAAUCCAAACUUUCUAGCUAAAACCAACGAUUCAAGUGACAAACAAAAAAGUUUUCAAAGGCUGGCAUCCCAGAAACAACAGACUGAAAAAUCAAGUUCCGGGACCGGGUUCAAAUAUGGCCAAGGUCAAGUUCAUUAUCAGUUCUCUGAUUUCUCUAAGGUUGCUCCCAAAGUGAAAAUUCCUAAAAAUAACGUAAUUAAUGAACCACUUAGAGUAACUAAACAAAACAGAUCUUCCGACUUGAAAGAUAAAUCAGCUCUUGUGCAAGAUCUUUUAGAAACUAUGCCUAGAACAAAUUGUGUUGGAAAACAUCAAGAGCAGGAAAAGGAAGCCGUUGAACCUUCACAAAAAAUACAGAUGGAGCCUACGGCACACAUCCACCAAGAACGUCUUACAGGAAUAGAAUCGGACACAAGUCUCUUUCAAAUAUCAGCAGCCUCUCAGGAAGACUCUUCCUCAAGUUCUUCCAUAUUUCAAAAGAUAAUAAAAGGGAAACACAUGUGUCAGAAGUUAAAAGAACAGACCGAUCAACUGAAGGCUAAAGUUCAGGACUUUUCCAAAAGAAUAGCACAGGACUCUGCUUAUUCUCAAAACAAGAGACCGGUCCUGGAAAAACUGCAAGGACAUCUUGAACUGCUGGAGCAGGAGUUUCUGGCCACCAAGGAGAAGCAUCUGACUCUGCAGCAGCAAGGCCACAAGCACAUAUCCUCAGCUGUCGGUGACUUUGAUCCAGAAAGGAAAGUGGAAGGUGAAAUCUUCAAGUUGGAGAUGCUACUUGAAGAUGUUAAAGAGAAAAUCGAUGAAAACAAAUACACCUCAUCUCCGUCUCUUCUUGUGGAUUCUCCAGUCAUCCUGGAUGACUUGGUAUCCAUAUCUUCUCCACCCGUAAAUGAGAUUCCUAAGGAGCACCUUGAUGACCCGUCUGAGUCUCCAGGCAUGUGUGAAAGUGCAGGGACAGGGGUGAACAAGACAGAACCUCAGGAGGCCGUCUCUGAGGAACUCUGUGAACUAGACUCAAAGACUUACCUAAACUCGCUGAACUGGAAUAUGGCUGCCCAGGACCUGCCGGAUCAAAUGUCCGUAAGGCUGUCUUCUGUAUCCAGGGCGGACCCCAACAGCGCCGCGCGAAGGCAGGAGCGCGCAGAGACUACAGAGCCAAGUCCAAGUUGUGCCUUCUGCCACCGGGCCCUUGAACGGAAACAAAAAAUGGAGAAAAGAGGUCACAGAAGAAUUCGCUGUGGAAGGUUUUCAAUCAUCAUUCAAGAAAACCCAUUAGACCUGUGUUCAAGUUGCAGUUCUGACUCAGGAGGCAGCUUCUGUUCUGAUUCCCUCAUGGGACUGCAGAGUAAUCAAUGUGAGAAUUGCGGCGCUAAGAUUUCUAAUUCCAGAAGAGUUAGUGGUAAAGAACUGCCUAAAGAAUUUCAUUAUAGAUACAUCACCCCAGGACAGAAUUACUGAAAUUACAGGGAAAGUGGUGCUUUUGUACAGCUCCAAUCUUUAGAUGAAAACCAAAACGCUUCACCUGCUUGUUCAAAAUCAAAAAGGAUCUGUUCCCAGAGAACAAAUAUGAAACCUCCUCAAGGUGAACAUGAACCCAUGCCAGAAAAAAAAGAGCUUAAGACUUUCAUGACCUACAGCUCAGACCUUGCUACACCCUCAGCCUAUUCCCAUUCCCGAAGGAUUUACGGAAGCAAAUCCUUAAGUGACUUUAGGAGUGCUGACAAAAAGGAAUUUGAGAUUUUAAACUCGGCUUUGGAUCAUGCCCUAAGGACGGCAACUGUUUUGAAAGAAACUACUGAUCAAAUGAUUAAAUCAAUUUCGGAAGAUCUUGCCAAAGCACGAAAACGGAGAAAUCAGCUGAAAUAUUAA